GGAGAAGAGCAAGCAGCAGUCACGGAGUAGUACUGAGGUCAGUCUGUGCGAUUGUGCAGCAACAUUGUGUCAAUAAUAGAUGAGAACCAGCUGCUGGUGUCAUUUCACGGGGAUGGUCCGUUGUCCUGCUGCACGUAUCAUGAACGACGUCUACACUUACCGCUUCCGCCAUGCAGCCCAUCCGACUGAGCUGCUGGACGCUCUGAGGCAUUUCUACCUCCGCGGCCUGUUUGCCGACGUGGCCCUGCGGUGUGGCGACUCCGGCCGGGUGUUCCACUGCCACAAGGCGCUGCUCGCCGCGCGCAGCUCCUACUUCCAAGUCAUGUUCACGGCUGACAUGAGGGAGAGGUCCGACAGUGUCAUCACGCUGACCGGGGUGCACUGCGGCGAGCUGGCGGCUCUGGUGGACUACGUGUACACGGCCCAGGUGAGCAUCACGACCAAGAACGUGCAAAGUCUGCUGGAGGCUGCCGACCUGCUGCAGUUCGCCGCGGUCAAGCAAGCGUGCGAGAGAUUCCUGGUUCGCUUCCUGGAUGUGGACAACUGCUUGGGUAUGCACGCCUUUGCUCAGCUCCACCUGUGUCCCCAGCUGGAGCGUGAGGCCAGGAGGUUGAUGCUGAGCAGGUUCCCAGAGCUCAUCCAUCAGGAGGAGUUCCUUGAGCUAGAGCCAAAAUCAAUCCGAACAGUCGUGGCUAAUCAGAAGCUCGGUGCGCUGAAGGAUGAAGUGUUGAUAGACGCCGUGGCCAAGUGGGUGACGCAUGACUUGGAGAAGCGUCUUCAUCAUGCUGUGGACCUGCUCCAGUCCAUCCAUCUGGACCUGGAUGAGACCGAGUUCAAGGCCAGCUUGGAGGCGCAAAGGCAGUGCUUGGUGGGGAGCGAUGGAGACUUCAAAUCCAUGAUCAUGAAGGCUUCACGACCAAAGGAGCCAUGCACCGGUGGAAAAAACCCAUCAAGCAUGUACAUCAUUGGAGGAUACUACUGGCACCCUCUUUGUGAAGUCCACAUCUGGGACCCCGCAAGUGACACAUGGCUGCGAGGUAAAGACAUGCCGGAUCACGGGAGAGAGAGCUACAGUGUGUCGUUACUGGGGGCGGACGUCUUUGUGACGGGAGGCUACAGGACCAACACGGUAGAAGCCCUGGACACGGUUUUUAUUUACAACUGUGACUGUGAUGAGUGGACAGAAGGCUGCCCCAUGAUCACAGCUCGGUACUACCACUGCUCUGUGGCUCUGCAUGGCUGCAUUUAUGCCUUAGGAGGCUACAGGGCCGGAGCUUCAGAGCAGGAGACAGAAUGUUAUGACCCACUCAAGAAGAAAUGGUUCCCCGGUGCAAGAAUGAUCCAAGGUGUAGGAAAUGCCACCGCUUGUGUCGUAGGAGAUAAGAUCUAUGUAACUGGAGGCCACUAUGGCUUUAGAGGGAGCUGCACGUAUGAGAAAAUCCAAGUGUACACGCCAGAUAUCAAUGAAUGGAGCAUCUUGACUGUCAGCCCUCAUCCAGAAUAUGGACUUUGUUCUGUGUCUCUGGGUAAGAAACUUUUCUUGGUGGGUGGGCAGACGACGAUUGCCGACUGCUUCGACACAGAGAGGGAGGAGUGGAGCUCCAUAUCGCUGAUGAAGGAGAGGAGAAUGGAGUGCGGUGCUGCCAUGAUCAAUAGUUGUGUCUACGUGACGGGAGGAUAUUCCUACUCUAAAGGGACUUAUCUGCAGAGCAUUGAGAAAUACGAUCCACAGCUGGACACUUGGGAAAUCGUCGGGGCUCUUCCAGGACCUUCUAGAUCACACGGAUGUGUCUGUGUUUACAGUCUGUAAUGUCCUCAGCAAUUCUUGUCAUUUUGAUUACUUACAGUCUCCCUUCUGAUAUUUUAGCCUUCAUAUUGCACCACACAUUUUCAAUGUCUGGACUACAGGCAGGCCAGUCUAGUACCCGCACUAUUUUACUAUGAAGCCAUGCUGUUGUAACACGUGACUUGGCAUUGUCUUGCUGAAAUAAGCAGGGGCAUCCAUGAUAACGUUGCUUGGAUAGCAACAUAUGUUGCUCCAAAACCUGUAUGUACCUUUCAGCAUUAAUGGUGCCUUCACAGAUGUGUAAGUUACCCAUGUUUUGGGCACUAAUACACCCCCAUACCAUCACACAUGCUGCCUUUUACACUUUGCCCCCAGAACAGGUUAUUUUCCUCUUUGGUCCGCAGGACACGACGUCCACAGUUUCCAAAAACAAUUUGAAAUGUGGACUCCUCAGUAAUCCAACAAAUUACACAUGCUUGUUAGGAACUAAGUACCAGACUAGGUUUAGGACCAGAGAGCCCUCUGUUGUCUCAAAGUAGACAAACAACUACCUCUUGCCAUACCUCUAAGCUGGGCUAUUCAACACGUGGCCCGCGGGGCUGAAUCCCGCCUUUCAGUGGCAGACUUUUUUUGCAGUAGAUUCAUGAAGAGCAGAGCUCUCGUCAUAUAGAAGAUCUUUGACUGUUUUGUAUUAAAUCCAAAGUGUUCCUGUCACAUAGAGAGAGGCUCUUUGAUUAACAAUGUUGCUGUAGUAUACACAAGAAGAUCUCUCCUGUCAUAUAUACAAAAGCCAAAAGCAGUGAAGUUGUCAGGUUGUGUAAAUGGUAAAUAAAAAGAGAAUACAAUGAUUUGCAAAUCGUUUUCAACUUAUGUUCAAUUGAAUAGACUGCAAAGACAAGAUAUUUCGUGUUCACACUGAGAAACUUCCUUUUUUUUGCAAAUAAUCACAAACUUAGAAUUUAAUGGAAGCAACACAAUGCAAAAAAUGCAUUUUUACCACUGUGUUACAUGGCCUUUCCUUUUAAUAACACUGAAAACUGAGGAGACACAAUUUUGAAGUGGAAUUAUUUACCAUUCUUGAUUGAUGUACAGCUUAAGUUGUUCAACAGUCUCUCUUCUGCUAUUUUAGCCUUCAUAUUGCACCACACAUUUUCAAUGUCUGCAGUCUAGUACCCGCACUCUUUUACUAUCAAGCCACGCUGUUGUAACACGGGGCUUGGCAUUGUCUUGCUGAAAUAAGCAGGGGCGUCCAUGAUAACGUUGCUUGGAUGUCAACAUAUGUUGCUUCAAAACCUGUAUGUACCUUUCAACAUUAAUGGUGCCUUCACAGAUGUGUAAGUUACCCUUGCCUUGGGCACUAAUACACCCCCAUACCAUCACAGAUGCUGCCUUCUACACUUUGUGCCUAGAACAACCCGGAUGGUUCUUUCCUCUUUGUUCCGGAGGACACCACGUCCACAGUUUCCAAAAACAAUUUGAAAUGUGGACUCGUCAGACCACAGAACACUUUUACACUUUGCAUCAGUCCAUCUUAGAUGAACUCGGGCCCAGCAAAGCCGGCGGCGUUUCUGGGUGUUGUUGAUAAAUGGCGUUCCCUUUGCAUAGUAGAGUUUUAACUUGCACUUACAGAUGUAGCGACCAACUGUUGUUACUGACAGUGGUUUUCUGAAGUGUUCCUGAGCCCAUGUGGUGAUAUCUUUUACACACUGGUGUCGCUUUUUGAUGCAGUACCGCCUGAUGGAUCCAAGGUCACGUCCAUGCCACUUACGUGCAGUGAUUUCUCCAGAUUCUCUGGACCUUUUGACGAUAAUACGGAAUUAUUUAUUGACUGAUAAAAUAUAAAUCAUAAAUAAAUGACUUCUCCACUCUUUGUUUUAAUUCUCAUUUUUUGAUUUUAAAAAACAUAAAUAAA